AGGCCAUAUCUUGCAAAAAGCAUCCCAAAUUUUUUAUCUAAUGAUUGAAGUUUCUAAAAGACAAUGUUGAAUUUGGCUGUAUCAAAUGUUAAGAUGAGGCGAAAGAUCGUACACAUAUCCUAUAUUUGCCAGAUGUAUAUUCAUAACAAAAAUGUAGAUUAUUGAAAAUCAGAAUAUCAUCAUACCUCAUCUUCCGAUUGAUGGGUAAAUCAUCAGAUAAUUUGAACAAGUUUUCUGAAGAAGAAUUGGAAGGAUUUUAUCUACCAUUUGAAAACGCGCUUAUCAAAUUAAAGGACUUAUUAGAGAAUCUUAUUCAGAAUGGAAGAGAAAAUCUAGAGAAAUUCAAAGAGAAGUGUAAAGAAUCUAAACAGCAGCUGCAUUAAGUAUAGAGAAAUAUCUAUCAUUAGGAACUCAAAACUGAAGAAAUUGCUCAAUUAAUUAAGGAACUUGAAUUAAAAUCAAAUGAAGAUAAAAGUGUGUAGAAUGAAAUUUUAUAAAAAUUGAUUGAUAUCAAAUAACAAAUAAAUUAGGAUUUGAUCAAAGAAUAGAGCAGCAAGAUUAAAAAGAUAUUUAAUGAAGCUUCACUAACGAUAUUUAAGUAAGACAUAUCAUAAAUAUUGUAGAUUUAAUUUGAAUUGCAAUAAGUAAAUCAAUGAUAUAUCAACUUACAUUAGUCAAAACACAGAAAACCUAAAAGAAUACUUCAUUAAAUCGUUUAGUGCUAUCUAUCGCGAAACUACAUAGUUUGUUCUUUUCAUCAACCCAUCAAAAUAAAAAAGAAAUAAUUACUAAAACUAUAAUUAGAAUUAAGCGCCGAUUACUAAACCCCAAAUCCAACCUUACCCUAAUUACCGUUCAAAAAUUUUACCACAGUAUUAUUUUGACUACAUUUUAAAGUAAGUCGAUGUUUAUAUAUACUCCUAAUUAUAGCCAUUUCAAACUAAUCCCAAUUAUGAUCCAGUAUCACAAUAUUAUGUAUUUACUCCAACAAAUUUAGAAAUGGCAAAAGGAAUAUGUUUCUGGAAACUUAAUACUAAUAAUCAAUUUAGAGCAAAAUUAUUAAUUUUUAAAUCCGAUAAUGAUGGAAAUCCAAUUUUUGGUUAUUUCAAAUAUAAUGUGGUAGAGUUUAUUUUUUCAUUUACUCAUAAUGAAAUCUAUCCAAAAAAAAAAUCAAUUCAGACAAAUUAAUAAUAAUCUAAAUAAGAUUAAGAUUUGGAUCAGAGUUUCAUAGUAGGGAAUAAGGAUAUAUAGAUUUAUCCUAACAUGAUCGAUGGGUAAUCAAAUUUGGGCGAAGGGUUCCUAUGGGAUAGUUACAAUGACAACAUGAAUAAGUCAGAAUAUUUGUUUGGAGGAGCAAAGCCAAAUAUCAUGUUAUGUGAAAUAUUUUAUUUUUGA